AUUUUUAUCCGAUGGCAGGAGACAGACCCACCCCCGAUUCCCCUCGUCCCUGAUCUCGGCUGAAACUUUUAAUACGCCGUCCUAUCAUCCUCUAGAAGAAGCCGUGUUCAGCGCGUUGCCACAGCAUACCUGCCUACCGCGUCAUCAGCAUCCUUAGCGGACUCUUGUGCUGAGCCCUACCGAAAACCAUAUCCACGAACCCCUAUCCUUUUCAACUCUUACCACCCUCCCCACAAGCCUAUCCAAUAUUCACCUUUGCUCCCACCAUUUAUCCAAACCCCGCGAGCAUACCGCCAGAUAUCUUACACUCUCUCCCCCUGAAAUCCCUCUAACUGGUCAGGCCCUUGCUUUUCCGGAGCUGGCCGGAACUUAGGAUGCCCCCCGCUGCCAUGCUCUUUGCCCCUCCGUUAGCCCCAAUAGUCGGGGUACUUUCGCUGCUUCAAAUUGCAUCCGCCUUUUACCUUCCAGGAGUUGCCCCAACCGACUACAGUUCUGGCGCUAAAGUUGCUCUGAACGUAAAUAGCCUGACGCCGGCGCCUGUGCCAGGACGACCGCUGAGUUCGAUCGUUUCAUUCGACUAUUACCACACGGCAUUCAAUUUUUGCCGUCCUAAGGACGGUCCUAAGGAUGUGUCCGGGUCCCUUGGAUCUAUUCUGUUUGGGGAUCGUAUCCUCGAUUCGCCCUUUGACCUCUAUAUGACCAAAAAUGAAACCUGCAAAAACCUCUGUACUAGGAAGUACGAAGAGAUGAAGUCAAAGUUUGUCAAUCGGCGGAUCAGGCAGAACUACAAUAUCAAUUGGUUAGUGGACGGGCUUCCGGUAGCAACGUUGGAUGAUGAUGAUGGGUACUAUUCCCAGGGAUUUCCUCUCGGAAGAGUUGUUAAGGAGGGAGAUGCACGCGAACCAGUUGCCCACCUCAACAACCAUUACAACAUAUUCAUCGACUACCACAAGAUCCGGGGCCGCAACACCAACCAGUUCCGUGUUGUCGGAGUGGUUGUUAAACCAGAAUCCGUUUCACCCAAGGUGGAUGGCGAGGGAAAUGCCAACUGCGAUGACAAGACAGCUGUCAUUCUUAACGAAAACGGCCAAACUGAGGUUGUCUUCACCUAUUCAGUCUUCUGGAGCCUCUCAAGUACUGUCUGGGCAACAAGAUGGGAUAGAUAUCUACAUGUAGUUGAGCCACGGAUACAUUGGUUUUCCCUUGUUAAUUCGGCGAUCAUCGUCGUAUUCCUGACCGGUAUGGUCGCAAUGGUGCUCUUGCGAGCACUCCGCAAGGAUAUUGCCCGUUAUAAUCAAUUGGAUCUUGAUGAGGACGUCCAGGACGACUCUGGCUGGAAGCUGGUGCACGGCGACGUUUUCCGCUCCCCUACUAAUCCCAUGCUACUUUCAGUCUUCUUGGGGUCGGGGGCACAACUGUUUUUCAUGACAGGUGUUACUAUCAUCUUUGCCCUCCUCGGCUUCUUAUCACCUUCCAACCGUGGGUCCCUCGGGACAGCCAUGGUUCUGUUGUAUACUCUGUUCGGAUUCAUUGGUGGAUAUGUCUCUGCAAGAAGUUACAAGUCGUUCGGGGGAGAGGCAUGGAAAAGAAAUAUCAUAUUGACCCCACUAUUUGUUCCUGGAAUCGUCUUUGGAGGAUUUUUCCUCCUUAACUUUUUUCUCAUAUACGAGCACUCAUCAGGAGCGGUUCCACUCACAACAAUGCUGGCCCUUGUUGGGAUUUGGUUCGUUAUUAGUGUGCCAUUGAGCUUCGUGGGUAGUUGGCUAGGAUUUAAAUCUCCUGUAAGUCUUUUGUUCCUAUGAUAUUUAUCGAAUCUGGCUUAUAUGAUAUGGGAAGCCACUCUCCUCGCCUGUGCGCACAAAUCAAAUCCCUCGCCAAAUCCCCGAUCAAGUAAUGUAUCUAAAGCCGGUGCCAAGCAUGCUUCUUGUUGGUAUCCUGCCCUUUGGCGCGAUCUUUGUCGAGCUCUACUUUAUCAUGGACUCUGUCUGGAUCCGCAAGGUCUACUACAUGUUUGGGUUCUUAUUUGUCUGCUAUGGUAUCAUGGUGGGUCGCUUCCUCAUCCCAGUACCGGCUGUACACUAAUGCGGCCUAGAUUAUGACCUGCUCUACUGUUACUGUUUUGAUGAUCUAUUUCCUCCUCUGCUCAGAAAACUAUCAUUGGCAAUGGCGGUCCUUCUUCACUGCCGGAGCAAGUGCUAUUUACGUCUUCCUCAACGCUAUUAUUUACUGGGUCUCCAAACUCAGGCUCGGAGGCCUUACCAGCAACGUGCUCUAUUUGGGUUACAGCGCUCUCAUCGGUUUCUUGUUCUUUGUUUUGACAGGCACCAUUGGGUUUUUCUCUUGUUGGCUAUUUGUCAGGAAGAUCUACGGCAGCAUUAAAAUUGAGUAAGGGAGAGACGAAGGUGGCGUUAAUGGGGGCUUUCGGGUUGACGGGUAGGGUUGAAUCGAGUCUGGUGUAUUUCCCAUUCGUGUAUACUUGGUGGGUGGAAGGAAAAACGUGGCUAUGUGUUUGGCUUUUUCUCUUUGUUUUCUUUAUCUCCACCCCUGUUGGGCGUUCCCCCAAUUCGCGUGGAUGCAGGUGGGGUGUACCUUAAUUGUAGAUUAUUAUUUUUCCCCUUUUCAAUUUUAUCUCGGAAGUCGAGUACCGGUAUUAGUAUGAUAGGCCGGUAUACAAUGGAGGGUUUGCGAGCUUUUUUGGUUGAAGGGCAAGAAAAAAUUGACGCUCUUUUCGGGCCGAGCACCAGAACACUCUACAUACGUCAAGAUCGUUUGCUUGCGGUACGUUACGAGAUAUCGUCCGACAACCAUGAAACAUGCACCGCAGACAGCGCCUUGUCGGCUCGGCGGAUGGGCAAGGCGGUAAGGUAACCCACGCUGAUAUUUACAACUGGCCUGCGUUGCGCGCUGGUUACAGACCACCCGCAAGGGAUAGAUAUUUUGCGUAAAGACUGUAUGUGAGGCACAAUUAACCUAUGGCCCCGGACCUACUCGAAUACCGGAUGCUUGCCAUCCAACUCUGCCUGUGAAAUUUCAAAAGUCCGGGUUAUGGUGAGAAGUUUGUACGGUACUUGCUCAGUACUGAAUGGGCACUGGGGGGGGGGGGGGCUGCUGGGGAGAACGAACGACAGAGACCAGAGGAUUCUGGGUGCGUAGUGGGUACUGUCAAUUGUUUUUUUUCGCUUCCCACCCCCAUUGCUUCGUUGCCCCCGGACGGUCAGUGGCAUAUUUCUUAGAGAGUGAGGUUCUAAUAAUUUUGCUUGAGUACGAGCUUGGCGCAAAAAGUCAUGAGUAGAAUGGAGGUUCCACAGACAAAACAUAUAAAUUCUCAACAACAAUAACAAAAGAAACCUGAUACUAUAUAUAAGAGUGAGAGGAGAAGUUUGAGCAAUUCAGAAUGAGUCUGCAAACCCGGCUGAUUCAGACAUUCACUGAGUCUGUUAGGAAUACAAUCAAUUUACCUUAUUUCAAUUCUGGGUUUCAGGCCUAUCCCAUUCCUGCUAUAUAGUCUGACA